ACCACAACUUUCGAUCAGAGAGAGCGUUGAUGUGGCAUGUCGUUCGUGGAGUUAUUACGCGGCCAAACUAACGAUAGCACCGAGUCAUAGGAGCGUUCACCCCUCACAAGGUACACAAAAUACCAUCAUGGAGCGGCUAUAUUACGUCUCGAACAGCAUCGUGGAAGACAUCCACCAGUGCUUCAAGCGGUACGAGAUCGCCACCGGCGACGAAGCAUCGCGAAUGGAAGGUGUCAUUCAAGAGAAGAUCAACGAGCUCGUCGAGAACUGCGAGCGCUUGAGCCUCCUCGUGAACAAGGAGCCUAUGUCGCGCCGACAGCACGCCAAGAUGAGAGUCGACGAGCUCAAGUACGAGUACAGACACCUUCAAGCCGCGCUCGGCAACCUCCAACGCCGUAGGAUGGAACGGGAAGAGGCCCACCAAAACAGGGAAGAACUACUCACUCGCACGUUCGCGCCGAACGACACUAGGGACACGUCCAUCUUCAUUGAUCAGUCGAUUCAGUUCCAUUCCAGGGCACAGGACGCACACCGCAACAUGGACGAUUUGAUAGGAAGCGGGAGUAACAUACUGACCAACCUUCGGGAGCAAAGGACUACGUUGAAAGGGGCGCACCGAAAAAUACUCGACGUGGCGAACACGCUGGGCAUGUCCAACACGGUCAUGCGGCUCAUCGAGAGGCGGACGUACCAGGACAAGUUCAUCCUGUUCGGCGGGAUGCUGGUCACCUGUGUCGUUAUGUUUCUCGUCGUGAAAUACCUGACGUAGGACAACUCAGCUGCGACUUGUGGGUGGACGGUGGAAUUUUGAAGACAGAGCGAUUAAACGUUAUGUGGUAAUUUUUGCGACAUACAAAUAAAUUGCAGGUAUUCCUAGAA